CAAAAUGCGUCUAUGUCACACUUGCAUUCGAAAAAAGUGGUUGCAUCAAGAAGAUCUUACGUAUUAUAGUUAUUUUAUGUCUUAUUUAUUAAAUUAUAUUUAAAAAAAUAGUCAAGAUGUUGAUACCGUCAAACAUAUUAUUUCCGAUCGAAAUAUUACUGAACACAAUAAUUAAUAAUUAUUUGCGAACGUCUUUUUGCUUAACGAUUGUCACAGAAACUGAAUUAAUGAUUAACUUACCAUUAAACAUGAGCUCUAUAAGAAUAAGACCUAAUCAUUCAGAACUGGUGCAGCAAAUUUUGGAGGCAUCGGAAAAAGCUUGCACCGAUUAUAUUAUACAAAUGGAUGAACCUCAUGAUUUUAUGGUAGCUUUUGACAAGGUCAAUCAUAUAGGCGAUGUAAGGAGAAGCAACAAGAAACUCAUAUUUCUACCUUUAGAAGAUGAAUUUUAUAAUGCAAGGGUCCUUACUGAUAUUUUGGCGCUAAAGGAAACUGGUUACGUUCCUAAUAUUUUAUUAAUAGCACUUAAUGCACAAAGCUCAGCAGACUGUAAAGUAUACCACAUGAUAACUCAUAAAUUUGUGGGUGCCAACGAACAAAUACAUGAACCUCUGUACUUAGAUCGUUGGGAUUCUUGCACCGAAUUGUUUGAAAAGGGGGUAAAUUUGUUUCCUCAUGAUAUGUCCAAUCUAUACGGCAAGAAGGUCAAAGUGGGAGCAUUUACAUACAAACCGUACGUAUUAUUAGACCUGGAGCCAUCUCUGGCUCCGCUAGGCCGCGAUGGCAUAGACAUACGCUUCAUAGAGGAGUUUUGCAGGUGGAUUAAUUGCACAGUGGAAAUCGUAAGACCCGACGACGGACAGGAGUGGGGUGAGAUUUAUGAGAACAAUACUGGCGUCGGCCUAGUUGGAAAUCUGGUCGAAGAUCGAACGGAAAUAGGAAUUACAUCGCUCUAUUCCUGGUACGAAGAAUAUAGGGCAUUGGAUUUUUCUGCUCCUAUUAUAAGAACUGCUGUCACCUGCAUUGCACCCGCACCCAGGAUUAUGUCAAGCUGGGACUUGCCAUUGGUGCCAUUUUCGUGGCUGAUGUGGAUGUGCUUGAUAGCUACCUUCUUCUUCGCGUCACUUGCCCUCUUCGUAGCUCAACGAUCUACUGACAACAUUUUCUUCGCUACAUUUGGGAAUAUGAUUGGUCAGAGUCCCGGAGAUUCAAGUUCCUGGCGCAUACGCAGCAUCUCCGGCUGGAUGCUAGUGAUAGGCCUCGUCAUAGACAACGCGUACAGUGGAGGCCUGGCGUCCAGCUUCACAGUCCCCAAGUACGAGGCCUCCAUAGACACGAUACAGGACCUGGUGGACAGGAGAAUGGAGUGGGGUGCUCCUGUUGACGCUUGGUUGUAUUCUAUGAUACUUUCUGAGGAGCCCCUAAUUAAGAGUGCAAUAAGUCAAUUUAAGGUUUAUCCACCAGAAAAAUUGACACAAAAGAGCUUCACAAGGAGUAUGGCGUUUAGUAUUGAACGCCUUCCGGCAGGAUCCUUCGCGAUCGGCGAGUAUAUAACCAAAGAAGGUGCAAAGAACCUCGAGCUGAUGCUGGAAGACAUGUACUACGAGCAGUGCGUGGUGAUGACGAGGAAGAGUUCUCCGUACACCGCCAAGCUCACCGAGUUGGUUGGUCGUCUUCAACAGUCUGGGCUGUUACUGUGCUGGGAAACACAGAUAGCUUUGAAAUAUUUGGAUUUCAAAGUGCAACUAGAAGUAAGAUUGUCUAGAACAAAGAAAGACAUAGACGGAGUUGAGCCGUUAAACGUAAAACAGCUAUUGGGUAUCUACUUGCUUUACUUUGGAGGACUCUCUAUAUCGAUCUUAGUUUUCAUUGCGGAAUUGCUCAUCAAACGCGGUAAAGCUACAAUAAUCAAGAUGAUAACGCCAAGUAUAUUAUUCCCCAUCGAAAUAUUACUCAACUUAUUGAUAAAAGAGCAUUUGCAGGAAUCUUUUUGCUUAACGUUUGCCACUGAAACAAAAUUAACCGUUAACAUGCCCACAAACAUGAGCUCUAUGAUAAUACAGCCCAAUAAUUCAGUACUUGUUGAGCAAAUUUUAGAUGCGUCGGAAAAAGGUUGCUCUAACUACAUAAUUCAAAUGCAUGAGCCUGAAAACUUCAUGAAAGCUUUUGAGAAAGUUAACCAUAUAGGAGACAUACGGAGAAGCGACAAGAAACUUAUAUUUUUACCCUUUCAAGAUGAAAUGUACAACAAAAGUGAUCUUACUAAUAUUUUGACGCUAACUGAGACCGGUUUUGUUGCUAAUAUAUUGUUGAUAGUACCUUUUUUACAAAGCUCAGACUGUGAGGUAUAUGACAUGAUAACACAUACAUUUGUCGGUUCCGAUAAAGAAGUACAAAAGCCUUUGUAUCUGGAUCGCUGGGAUUCUUGCACUGGUCAUUUCGAGAGAGGAGUGAAUCUGUUCCCUCACGACAUGUCGAACUUAUACGGCAAGACGGUCAAAGUUGCUGCGUUUACGUAUAAACCAUACGUUUUAUUAGACCUUGAUCCGUCUUUGAACCCUCUGGGCCGCGAUGGCAUGGAAAUGAGAAUUAUAGAUGAGUUCUGCAGGUGGGUGAAUUGCACCGUGGAAAUAGUAAGAGACGACGAGCACGAGUGGGGCGAAAUUUAUGAGAAUAAUACGGGUGUCGGCGUCCUGGGCAAUGUGGUUGAAGAUCGUGCCGACAUAGGCAUCACGGCGCUCUAUUCCUGGUACGAAGAAUACAGAGUGUUGGAUUUUUCUGCUCCAAUUAUUAGAACUGCUAUCACUUGCAUCGCCCCCGCGCCUAGGAUUUUGACAAGUUGGGAUUUACCGUUGGUGCCAUUCACGUGGACAAUGUGGAUGUGCAUACUGUUUACCUUCUUCUACGCUUCGUUCGCUCUCUCCGUCGCCCAGCGCUCCACCAAAAAUGUUUUCUUGGACACCUUUGGGAUGAUGAUCACUCAAACUCGCGAGGACGCGACUUCGUGGCGCAUACGCAGCAUCACCGGCUGGAUGCUGGUGACAGGCCUCGUCAUAGACAACGCGUACAGCGGCGGCCUCGCGUCCAGCUUCACGGUCCCCAAGUACGAGGCCUCCAUAGACACGGUGGAGGACUUGGUCGAUAGGAAAAUGGAGUGGGGCGCUACGCAUGAUGCUUGGAUAUUUUCUAUUAUUCUUUCAGAGGAGCCUCUGAUCAAGAGUUUGCUCAGUCAAUUUAAAACUUACCCAGCCGACAUUUUAAAGCGGAAGAGCUUCUCAAGAAGUAUGGCGUUUAGCAUUGAGCACCUUCCAGCAGGAUACUUCGCGAUCGGUGAAUACAUAACCAAGGAAGCAGCGAUGGACCUCGAAAUAAUGCUGGAUAAAAUCUAUUACGAACAGUGUGUUGUCAUGCUGAGGAAGAGUUCUCCCUACACUGCUAAACUCAGCGAGUUAGUUGGUCGCCUUCACCAGUCUGGUCUAAUGCUGUCUUGGGAGACGCAGGUCGCUUUGAAAUAUCUAGACUUCAAAGUACAAUUGGAAGUAAGGUUGUCUAGAGCAAGAAAAGAUUUGGAAGGAAUUGAGCCGUUAAGCAUAAAACAGCUUUUGGGCAUCUACAUCUUUUACUUCGGAGGAGUAGUCAUAGCACUUCUUGGUUUCUUCGGGGAAUUACUCUCUAAAUGCAGCAAGCCUUCAAUAGUGUUAUAAUAAUACCUAAAUAUAUACUGAGAUUUAUAUAAAUAUACCUACAGGCCUAGAUCAAGUUACCUAUAUAUAUAUAUAUAUAAGGUACCUAUUAUAUACUCGUAGUUUUAUUCACGAAGACGCGUGCUUUGUUUCGUAUUGCCAUGCUAUUAGAAUUUAGUUUUGACUAAAUCUCGAUAUAUAUUUGCAAAAAAUCAUGCAAUAUAAUAUAGGGUAUAUAUAUGUUAUAUAGUUAAUUAGGUACUUUGUGAUUAAAAUUGGUACGUACUUUAUACUAUAUAGAGUGGAAUAUUAUAGAACUAUUAGAAUCAGGGAUAAUAAAUUUAGUGUCCGACCGAAACAUGUUUUUUUGCCGAAACCGAAACCGAAACCGAAUGUUCGGCUUUGGCUCUAGUUUCGGCCGAAACCGAAACCGAAACCGAAACUUUUGUAGACUUGUUAAAAUCGUUGAAAAAUGUCAUAAAACCCCUUUUAUACACCCUCAAUAUCCUUGAAAUUGAUGUUACUUAAGCAGUUUUUUAAGAAAAUUACUAGAGUUAGACCAAGAUAAUUCUGCAACAAUUUUGAUAACACACGCAGUGCAAAUGUUAUUUUAAACGUCAAAACUUCUAUGAAAUUAUGACGUAUAAAUAACAUUUGCACGCACUAUCAAAAUCAUUGCAGAAUUUACUUGGUCUAACUCUAUUCAUUCACCAGUCAAGUUAACAUGUAGAUCCAGGGUCAACCAAAAAACCAACCAGAAACGCGAGCGCGAUAUUUUUUGUUGACAAAAAAUCUUCACCUGGGCCUAAAAGUCCGAAGUGCCCCAGUGAGGCGAACUUUCAUGCGUAGUCAAAGCCGUGCUUCAGGCUUCAGGAUAAGUAGUUGAGCACAAACUUCAACCAAUGUGCAUUGUACGAGUAUUAAAAAGCGAGACCGCAGGCCGAGCAUGGCGCAGCGAGGCCAAAGGCUAAGCUGAAGUAGAGGACAUGUGGAACACAAACCAAUAGUAAAUUGAGGUAAAAUCACUCAUUGACUCCGAAACAAUUAGACAGUGUGCGCGUUAUAGGUAUUGACAGCCUCUUAAGACUGCGUCGACCGUCCAGUGGCGCCCUCAUUAGUGGAAUUGUGUUUAGUAGGUAUUAAUAUUGUUGUCCUACUUAUUCCCCAACUUUUGGUCUUAUUCCGAAGUACCAUUUCGUAAGUUUCGGCCCGGCCGAAAGGUUCGGCCGUUUUUUGGCCGAAA